AUGGGCCGCCCCAUGAACCUCAACAUGCAAUCAGACGAUAACCUCUCCUCGAUACACGUCCCCUCCGGCCCAACCUCAACUUCUUACAACGCCGCCUCGUUAGACAACCUAUCCCUCCACCAACUGAUCACUCGAAAGGACAACCUCGAAGCCGAGCUCAAAGCCCUAGGCUCCGUCCUUGACAGCCAUGGCGUCAACAUGCAGACGCCGCUGAUCGACGCGGACGGAUUCCCCCGAGCAGACAUCGAUGUGCCGCAAAUACGCGUCACACGUGCGCGAAUCAUCGAGAUGCGGAACGACUGGAAAGCACUCAUGAGCCGGAUCGAGAAAGGCCUACACGAACAUCACGCGGAGCUGCAAAAGGGUGGUGUGAAUGGCACGACGGCGAGCGCGGAGGAAGAGGCUGCACCGGCCACGAAUACACAAUUACCAGUCCGAACUCAAGACACACCAGCAAGCGAAGUUCCCGAUGUCCCCUUCGCGAAAGUACGCUCAGUCGAGCCAGGCAGCCCCGCGAACGAAGCUGGCCUCAAACCAGGCGACAAGAUCAGGAGGUUUGGGCGCGCGAUAUGGUCGAAUCACGAGGGUUUGAGAGUGGUAGGGGAGGUGGUACAGGGGAGUACAGGACGGCCGAUACCGGUGCGUGUGGUUCGGGAGGUGCUUGGUGGUGCUGGGGAGCUGGAUAUGGAGCUGAGAUUGACGCCACGGCAGGGGUGGGGUGGGAGGGGAAGUUUGGGGUGUCAUAUUGUGCCGAUCUGA